UUUAUUAUACCAGGAGGACAGGUGUGACCUGGGCCACUUGGCCUCCCUCGUCUUAGGAACAGGGUAGAGCACUCAGGCAGAGGGACCAACACUUGCAAAGGCCCUGAGGCAGGAGCCUGUCACUAGCUCAGUAUAGGGCCAGGUGGAUGGCUUCCCUCAGCAGCCUGACACCAUCCUCCCCGGAGUGUCUCUGGGCCAGGUGUGAUUUGGAGAUGGGUGCUGGGGGUGCUGAGGGCAGGGACUCCCAUCCAGGACCAGGAAGGCCUGUUCUGUACCCUGCUGGCCUGGCACUCUUGUUGGGUGGUCUUUCACCUUGGGAACAGCCUUGGACACCACGACCCCGUCCCCCCCCCAGGGAGGACAUCACCUACCGGCUGCCGGAGCUGGACCCUCGGGGCUCUGACGAGGAAAACCUGGACUCAGAAACGUCGGCCAGCACUGAGAGCCUGUUGGAAGAGCGGGCCGGGCGGGGGGCCUCAGAAGGGCCCCCCGCGCCUGUUCUCCCCAGCCCCGGCGCGCCCGCCCUGAGCCCCCUCCCCGUGGCAGCCGCCCCUCCACGACGAAGGCCGUCGUCCUUCGUGACGGUCAGAGUGAAGACCCCCCGGCGGACCCCCAUCAUGCCCACAGCCAACAUCAAGCUCCCGCCCGGCCUGCCCUCCCACCUCCCCGGCCGGGUACCGGGUGCCCCGGAGGCCGCUGCCCCAGUGAGGCGCCGAGAGCCGCCUGCCCGCCGCCCGGACCAGGUACACUCUGUGUAUAUCACACCCAGCGCUCACCUGCCCGUGCAGGGCAUGCGGGAGCCCCUGGACGAGGACGACCGGCCUCCGGGGGCCAAGCGGAGGUACUCAGACCCCCCGACCUACUGCCUGCCCCCCACCUCGGGCCAGGCCAACGGCUGAGGGCCCGCGGUGCAGAGUCCCCGCGAGUCUGAGGACCAGCCCGCGCCAGAGCUGGGCACUGAGCUGCAGAGCCAGCGUUUGGCUGAGAAGGAUCCCGAAUGAAAAGCUCCAAGACAAUGUGAGGUGGGCGCCAGCCCCAAGUGCAGAGUCCAAGCAGGGAGAGGCCAGCCAAGGCCCGGCCGCCCUUGCUGAGCCCCCACACCACGUAGAUGCGCCCACCCAGAGCACCAAAUCAUGGUGGGCGGCCUGGCAUCUGGCAUCUCCCACCUCCCUUUUUGUUUUAUAUGGUAACUGUUUCUUUGUGCGUGGUUUACAUAACUUUAAACUGUAACAGCCUUAACAAGAGACCAAAUUGUUUUUUAUACUUGUAUGUACAAACUUUUAUAUUAACGUCCUGCAUCUCCCUUAUAACCCGGACUUGAGCCUUCAGAGCAAAGCGUGCACGGCCGCCGCGUGUCGGGGGCUCAGACCCGCACUGAGGACGGCCUGGGGCCCACAGUCUGAGGGCCGGGGCCUUGCACACGGGAUUUGGGCCCCUGGGGCCUCUGACUGCCCCAGGUGUGUCUCGGACGCAUCCUCUUGCCCGGCUGGCAUGCAUCUGAAGGAGUGUUGGAGCCUCUCUGGGAAUCAAGGCUGGUGGCUGGAGUCAGGGCACAAGGUGGUCGGCAGCCUCCACCUGCAGCACCACAGACCUCACAUCCCAGGGAGACUUGAAUGUGGCCAUCACUCUUCUGUCUCCAUGCCCCGGACUCGGGAGGCCAGAGGAGGCGACCCUCAGCAUACUGCCCACUCCGUGUGGCCAACAGGAGCCGAGACUCAGGACCACUCACAGGCAGGGAGGGCAAGGCCUGGGGUUGGACAUUCCUGCUGGUCGACAGUGACAGCCUGGGGAUCUCCGGAGUUGGGCUCCCCCUCUCUCAGGCUUGGCUCACUCCUCAGACACACAGCCACAGGUCUGGGACGGGAGGUGCCCCAGGUGCCCCACAGCCGUGCAAAAUAAAAAGUGCCUGAAAGGUGUUUGCGUGCA